AUGCUCGUCUUACGAGUUCUAGCAGCGUUUACAGCAUCCAAAGAGAUCUGGUCCGACAGGAUGGCUGCGACACCAAGAGCCAUAAGUCUGAGCCUUACACCAACGAUAGGCAACGAUGCUGCCGCCCCACUAGAAGGCUUGGGACUCUUAUCAGCGCCGGCAAACAACAAGCAUAAGGUCUCCGUUGCCUGUCUAUCGCCUCCGGUAUCGAGCUCAUCGAGAUCGUCCUUGAUAAGUGUGACUUCAGAGUCCUUCGCCGCUACAGCUGCCAACGAAGAAGCCGACUUCAUUACCAUACCCAAGUUUCUGUAUAGCAAAGAAACCUACCUUUUUCUAGGUUUCAGCGAGGAGAUAGCGGACAAUAUGUGGCAGAAAUUCCUGUCUCAGUCUGAUCAUCGCCGCAGCGACAUUGUUGUCACUCAUCAGCAGGACAUCCUCAUACCACUCAACGCCGCCUUUCAGUGA